CAGGUGCCCAAUACGACACGCGACAGCAGCACCUCGGUCUCUGCUGCUCGUCCUCCUCCUCCUCCUAGAGUUCUAGUAGUAGUCAUCCCUUCCUCUCCGCCACCGCUCUUCCUUGGCAGAUUGCUCUGACUUCGCUUCUGGCGUUAUCCUUCCUCCCUACUGCUCCUCCUCCUAGUAGCCAUCCUUUCCACUCCGCCGUGCGCGACACUGUCUAUCACCACCAUAGUCAUGCCGCAGCUCGAUCUGCUGCUCCCAAGCGCAGCCACCUCGUCCCCGACCCCGAGCUCCUUCUUCGUCGACGACCGAAUUCACGACCAGGACCCCGUCACCCCCCUACCUUCUUUCCCCCGUCAUCUCCCUCUUCCCUUCUUCUCUGUUUCUCCCGUUUACUCUCAUCUCCCUCUAUCUCUCUUCCUCUUUGUUACAGCCUUACAGGGAGGCCGCCAUGGACGCCCGGGGUCCUCCGCUCCGACCCUCGCUGUGGCGGCUCUGCCGACGUCGUCGCCUAAGUGAGCAGCAGCAGCACCGUGACGAAGACUACCAUGCCCGCUGCAGGAGCUUCGAGCCGACCCCCGCAACAUGGAGACCGCCGCCGCCCUUCCGACAUCGAGAAUCGCCAGAUCCGGCCCGUCUCCGACCUGCCUCGCCGUCCUUCGCCCGUUCCGACGUCUCCCCGGCGCUAGGAGCUCAGGCGAGCGCAGCCACAAGACCCUGACUUCUCUGCCCCAGAUCCCGCCAUGGUGGUCGUCGCCUCUCCGUCUCUAUCUGUCCAUCGCCGGAUCCACGCUGGUGUCCUCCAGGGACCCGCCAUGGAGGUUGCCGCCUCUCCCGUCUCGAUCCGUCCGCCGCCGGAUCGACGAGGGAGCAGCCGAGAUCCGCCGCCCAUUCCGCGACGCCUCGGCCGGCAGGAAGGCCAAAGGCCUCGCCAAGCAGCAGGAGGACUUGCGGCUAGGCUCGCCUGCCGCAAGCGCGCCCGCGAGCUCACCCCCGUGCCGGCCAAGGCCACCUUUGGUGACUUUCAUGUCCGCCGCGCUCUCGUACGCCUGCCGCGACGCCAAGUCCGCCGCGCUCUCGUACGCCUGGCGCGACGCCAGGGGCUUUUUUGCAAAAACGAAACGUUAUAUCAGGAACACACUGAAAAUAGGACUGCGGGUUUAUUUCAAAGAAACAGAGGGGCUUUUUCGCAAAAACGCCGACGACGUACGGGCAGAAGCACUCCGUGCUUUAUUAGUAGGGAAAGAUGUUUGUGUUUGAUCUUUCAAUAAUUGAACAUAAUUCAUGUCCAAUCAGUGCAUCUGUAAAUCUAUCCAAAAGGGGUUUCCUAUCUUCACUAACAUAUAAUGGAAGCGUGUCAGACUUAAUGCCACAAAUAUUAAACA